AUGGGUGAUUUUAACACCUGCCUGAUUAAACACGACUCCCGUUCUACUCAGCUUCGCUCAAUCGUGGAUUCUACUAAUCUUAGCAUUCUCCCAUCUUCUUCAACGCACCACUUUUCUGGAUGCCAGCCAUCUUUGUUGGACCCUAUUAUUGUGUCCUCAACUGACCAUAUUAGCGUACACGGUCAAUUCCCUGCCGAAGCCUUCUCUUAUCAUGACCUUGUUUACCUGUCAUACAGAAUCCGUUGCCCUAAGCCUAAACCUCGGGUGGUCAUGCAGCGCAAUUUUAAGAACUUUGAAGAAAGUAGCUUUAUGCGUGACCUUGGCGGUAUUGACUGGGACGCUGUUCUUAGAGCCCAAACCAUCGACCUGAAGAUGGAAAUUUUUAACUCGAUGCUUAUCCAGAUUUAUGACAUCCAUGUCCACUCCGUCCUGUCCAGCUGA